GUUUCAAUGAACUUUAUGGUUCAGCGCUCACUCAACUGUUUUUGUUGUUAAUACAUUUAUUGUUAAGAUGGCAACUCUUGUUGAUGCAAUACAGAGGAAACAGGAAAAGUUGACAGAAAGUCACAUUUUAGUUGGCCACAUCCAAAAGACAUGUAAUCGUGACGGAUCGAAUAUUCUAUUUCCUACUCGGACAUUAACAAUGGACUCUCAAGAUAUAAAGAGCAUUGGUUGCAAGGAUGAAUUGCUAAAAGCAGCUGAACAUGUUAGGGAGUUAGAUUUGGCUUGUAAUCGGCUGUCUUCAUUUGAAGAGGUAUUUAAAAUUCUAUGUUGGCUUGAGAAACUUGAAUCAUUAAAUUUAAGUCAAAACCCACUAGGUUGUCAUAUCUCUGAUAACCAAUCUUCCAAUUCAUCUUUUGAUGAAGAUACUAUGGGUUUAUUAUCUACUGAAGGAGAAGAAAAUAUUCAACCUAUGAAUAGCUCUGAAUUAUCUAUACAGGAUCAAAAUUAUUUUUAUUUUAACAAACUCUCAUCUUCAUCCAAGUCGAAUAAAAUACUUCAGUCUAAACAUAAUGAAAUUGAUUUCUCACCAAUUUUUCACAAUGAAUCCAUGAAUGAUUCAAUAGAAAAAAUUAAGUCGACUAACCAUCCAAAUGAUGGUGUUGGUAGUAAUGGUAAUCUCAAACAAACAAGAGGAAAUGAACCAUCUAACAUGAAAACGCUACCAAAGCAUCCUUCAGCUCCAUCUGAACUGGCUUUAAAUUCCGGUAUUAUAUCUCCUACCACAGUGUUUCCUUGUUUAAGUGUACUAGCACUGAAUUCGACGUAUGUACCAUGGGAUUGGGUGAUUGAUCUGCUUUAUCGACUACCAAACUUAACCGAUUUACACGUUGCACGUAAUAAUUAUGGAGCAGAAGAGCAGACUGAAGUAUCUUCUGAUCAUAAUGAUGAUAAUGAUGCCACACCAUUACCUGUAUUUCCUCAUUUACACAGUUUAUAUUAUAGCGAUAAUGGCAUAUCGAAUUGGUGGACAAUAUGUCGUUUGUGUAAACAUUUCCCUGGAUUGGAACAAUUGAUUUUAUUAGGUAAUCCUAUUGAACAUAUACCAUUUCCGCAAGACAAUUUACAUACAUCUCAGCAUACUACAACAACAACAACAACUAAUAAUAAUAAUAACAAUAAUAAUAAUACUGAUAAUAAUAUAUCAAGAAAUACUUGUUAUCAGCAUCAGUGCUUAUUUCAAAAUGUACAUACAUUAGGUUUAUCAGAAACACUAAUCAGUCAAUGGGAAAGUAUUGAUGCUUUGAAUGAAUGGAUGCCUAGUUUAACCAAUUUACGAUUAGGCAAUACUUUACCUGUAUUUCAGUCUUGGAUAGAACCUGAUUGUCGAGCUCAUGUAAUUGCCAGAUUACCAAAACUUACUACAUACAAUCGAAGUGUCAUUGAUUCAGAGGAACGUGAAAGUGCUGAACGAGAAUUUGUUCGAUAUUAUGGUCAAAUUGAUCCAGAUAAACGUCCUAAUCGUUAUUGGGCUCUAGAACGUCGACAUGGUCGACUUCAACCAUUAGCUAACAUUGAUUUAUCUCCAAAACAGCAUAUUCGUGUACGUGUCACAAUGUCAGGGAAAGAAGUUUGGUAUAAUAUAAAUGUCAACUUAAAAGUAUCACAAGCUAAACGUCAUUUCUGUAAUUUAUUCAAUAUUACUAAUCAACAUGAAAUUAAACAUUUGAAAUUAUUUUAUUUUGAUCAAGUUAUGUCACAAAUUCAAGGUCCAGAAGAAUUAAAAUAUCCAAAUCGUAAUUUAUAUUCAUAUCAAAUAGAGACUGGUGAUUUAUUCGAAUUAGUACGAUAUCCAGAUUCUUGAUAAUGGAAAAUAGAACUUUUACAAAAGUACAAUAUGAUAUGAAUGUUUGUGUGUGUGUGUGUAUGUAUGUAUGUAUGUAUGUAAUUUUGUUAAUCCUUUCUCUCUUUUUUUGUGCAACACGCCUGUUUGUAUAAUAGUCGUUGAUUUGUUUGUUUUCAUUGUCAUCGAUUCCCCCCUCCUCUCUCUCUCUCUCUCCUACUGGUCAGUUUUCCUCUUUCCCCCAUUUGUCAUAUUUACGCCCCAUUCACAAUAUAAUAGUGUAUAUUCAUCCGUUCAUUCAUUCAUUUGAUCUUAUUAAUUGUGAAAUAGUGGUUUAUUGAUUAAGGUGUUCCACCUUCAAUCUUGUUCAUUUUUAUUCAUUUCCAUUGGAGCAGCUGAAUUGUAUAAUCGUUAUCAUCAUUUUGAAUCCCUUUAUCUAUUGAAUAAGGUUAUCGGUUAAAGUCUUAAGUACUUGAUUAGUGACUUACAUUGUCUAUGUCUAUUUGUGAAUGUAUGUGUAAAUAUGUACUACAUUAUAAUUGUUCUCUUAUUACCUUUUAUUUAUUCAUUCAUACAAGAUGUGAUAGACUCCAAGUUUUUUUCUUCAAUUCUAUUGAUUAGUUAGUAUUUUUGACAAAUCAAUCAUGAUCAUUUUCGAUCAUUUUGCUUUUAAGGUACAAUGUUAUGCAUACAUACUCAGUGUAUAUAUGUGUGUGUGUAUAUGUGCUCUUCUGGCAGUUUUGUGAUUUUUAUUUUCCUGUUUUCUUUUGUUUGUUUUUGAGUUUAUCUUUCUUUUUUUUCGUGUUAUUUAUUUGUUUGUUUAUUUCCAUACAUCUUAAUUCCUUGAUGAAUAUAAAUAAAAUGAAUUCAUCAUUA